CUGCACAAGGGAUAGAGAUACAUAAGGUUCGAUUGGGGCCGGUCUUUCUCGAUAUCUUUACUGUCUUUUGAAGGGUAUCUUGUUGGGGAAGACGAUAUGAGUGAUAUGAAAGGUAGUGCUGCGCUGACCAGCAGAGUGAAGAGCAGUGCGGUGUCUGCUACUCAGCCUCUUGCAAAUGCCGGAGAUGGAUCAGGGGUCAUCCAUGUGCAGAAUGAAGAUGAGCUGCGGCUGGCUCAGAUGGGCCACAAGCAGGAAUUGAAACGCCAUUUCUCGGUCUGGAGCCUGAUCGGACUGGCUGCGAAUUGCACCAUUUCUUGGACCGGACUCGGUCUUGGGUUGAUCACGGCGAUCGACGCUGGUGGUCCUGGGGCUUUAAUUUAUGGCUUUAUCCUCGUCUUCAUCCUCCAGUCAUUCCUAGCAACUUCGCUAGCGGAAUUCGUCUCCGCGUAUCCCGUCGAAGGGGGCAUGUACCACUGGAUCGCGGCCAUUGCGCCCAAGCGGUACAACAGCGUUCUGAGCUUCGCGACAGGCUGGAGCACGGUCUUCGGGUGGAUAUUCACAAGUGCAUCAACCAACUUGAUCUACGCGACCAACUUCAUGGCACUGAUCGCCCUGUAUCACACGGAUCUGACUAUCCAGCCCUGGAUGACGUUCGUGGCUUAUCAGGGCCUGAACCUGUUGACAGCGGGAAUAGUCAUGUUUGGAAAUCGGUUCAUUCCUGCGAUUAACAAGUUUUCGCUGUGCUACCUCCAACUGGCAUGGUUCGUCAUCAUGGUCACUGUCGUUGCUACAGCGCCGAGACACAAUGACAAUAAGUUCGUCUUCCAGACGUGGGUUAACAACACUGGGUGGGAAAACAAUGUUAUCUGUUUUAUCACCGGCCUUGUGAACCCGUUGUACUCCCUUGGCGGUCUGGAUGGAAUCACACACAUCACGGAGGAAAUGCCCAAUCCCGGCCGAAACGCACCUCUUGCCCUAGCCUGCACACUCGGCAUAGCAUUCGUCACGGGUCUAUCCUAUCUUCUCAGCCUGAUGUUCUCCGUCCAAAACUGGGACUCGUUGAAAGACUCCCAGACGGGCCUCCCGCUGGCUGAAAUAUUCCGCCAGGCUACACAAAGCCGCGGUGGUGCCUUUGCGCUGGUUUUCAUCCUCUGGGUUGCGCUGGGGCCGUGUAUGCUUGGGUCUCAAUUGAGCACCGGACGGAUGGUAUGGGCAUUUGCUAGAGACGACGGUCUGCCUUUCUCGAAGACAUGGGCCAAAGUCCACCCCCGCCUCGGCUCCCCCUUCAACGCCCAACUCUGCGUCGCAGUCAUCAUCGCCCUACUAGGCUGCAUCUACCUAGGAUCCAGCACGGCAUUCAACGCAAUGAUGAGCUCCGCAGUCACAAUCAACAACCUGGCCUACCUAGUCCCCAUCCUAACAAACGUCCUCCUCGGACGGCGCACCAUGCACCGCGGGCCGUUUUUCCUGAACUAUGCGGCUGGCAUGGCGGUUAAUAUCGUCACCGUGUGCUGGUUGGUGUUUGCUAUUGUGUUUUUUUCGUUUCCUUAUUAUCAGCCUGUUUCUGCUUCGAAUAUGAAUUACACUUGCGUGUGUGUUGGGGGUUUUGUGGUUCUGGAGCUGCUUUGGUGGUUUGUUGCUGGGAAGAGGUACUCGAUGAGUAUGCGGAAGGCGAGGGAGGAGGAUCAGAAUGCUGCGCGGGCGGUUGUUGUUGGUGCGAGUGAUGAGAAGGGCGUGAACUAGGAGGGCAUUGGAGCUGUUUGGAUACCAUUGAACCAUGUUAGAU